ACAGUAAACACUCAGACCCUGGUGAUGCACCUCCACAGCCCCCGAUUGGGAAGCCCAGCAAACAAAUCCCACGCUCACAACCCACACCCCUCCCCAUAUUGCAAUCAUAGCUGUGGGCUCUUUUUUCGAGUGUCGCUGCUCCUUGCUGCAUGCCUGCUCCAACUUCACAACGUCUUCUCCCACCGCGUGCAGAACCGGAGCGCUGCUCCUCGUGUCCCACAUCAUCAUACCUGUUGUAGCUCGUCGCGUAGACAGCAUCCUCAACAUGGACACUGCGGAGAAUACGCAACACCACUUCCGAUCCUCCGUCAUCCGACCUCAGAGCAAUCUCCCGCGACCAGGCGCCUUCUCCUCAGGCCUCUCCGAAAUGAACGAAUCGCAAAGCAACACGCGCGCGCACCCGUCCAUGAUACCGCCGCCGGGCGCAUCCAAGAUCGGCUCGCUCAACAGCGCGAUGAACUUGAAGAGGGAGGUCCCGAAGCCAGCUGAGCAUUCGGCUACCAAGCACCACAAGACCCUCGCCGAGAGGGCAGGCGAAUACCCGACCAAGCACUCAUCCUCGGCGGCGGCAGGCGCGGGCGCUUCUGGUAUCGCCAGGGCGCCUUCUGUCAAGCGGGUGCCCGGGUCAACAUUGGCAGAGCUCAAGAACCCGAAUAACAUCAGACCUCGAAAUGGAACGACGACAUCACGAUACAAUCAGACCAGCAACUUCUCCGCGAGCGUCGGCCCCCGUGGCCAUGAACGCGCAAAGUCCUCCCUUGCUCAUUCAAAGUCGGUACACGGACAGCCCCGGACCCGAAACGCCAACCCGCAUACGAGACCGCGCACGGCAUACGGUCAUCGAUCAGAGGAAGAGUUUGAUGGACCAAUAGAACAACAGCAUGGCUGGGAUGUCGAGGGCAGGGUUGCCGAGCUUGACUCGCAGUUUAAACAGGUGAAGGAGUCAAUGACUGUCAUGCUGUCCGACAAGGAGCUGAUGGACGAGCGAGUGGAGAUGUACAAGAAGAGAAGUGAGUAGUUCGGACGACGAGCUAGCGUGGACUGAACUAA